AUGAAAUUAUCUACUAUCUUUACUGUAUUUGCAGCUACAAUUGCCACUGUAGCUGGUUACGAAACUACUGGUUCUAAACAAACCGUCGAUAUUCUUAUUGAUUAUGUCAUUAAAGAAACUCCAGAAUUAUCUCAAAACGACGUCGCCAAUUGGGAAAAUGGAGACACUGUCACUCUUCAAUACGUUGUCAAUAAUAAUGAAGAAACCGAAAUCACCGUUGUGGGUGUUACUGGACAAUUCAAAAACCCCAUCAAUAAUGAAAUUGUUACGAAUUUGACUACAGGGAAAGUUGGUCCAAUUGCUGUUCCACCUGGUGAAGCAAUUAAAUUUGAUCAAAAGAUUAAUGUUGAUUUAAUCCCGGCUAAUUAUGAAUUGAUCCCUCAUGUUUUCAUUGCUCAAGAUAGUUUAAUUAAAGUGAUUCCAUGUCGUGGUCAAUUGGCUACUAUUGUUGAUGCUGCAGUUUCAUUUUUCGAUCCAAGAUUGAUCUUUUUGGAAUUGGUAUUGUUAGUUACUUUUGCUGGGUUAUUAUAUGUUGGUUAUGAAAUUUGGGGUAAACAAUAUUUCAAAAGUGUUGCCCCAGUUAAAGCUAAAAAGACAUCUACUAAAGCUUCAAGUCCAGUUGCCAGUGCAAGUACUUCUGCUGCUACUGGAUAUGAUACUAAUUGGAUUCCAGAAUCUCAUUUAAAACAAAAGAAAACCAAGAAGGUUAACUAA